AUGAAACUGAAGACGAGGGUUUACUUCCGCUGGGCUAAUUUUAUGAAUGACUCUAACUUCCCCAUAAUUGUACCGGUUAAAGCCACCAGCCACCGCCUUUAAUUGUGUCCAAAUGGAUUAUACAGCGACUCAAAGUGGGUUCAGACAGCGUAAGUUACAGCCCAACAUACGUGCACGGAAUAGUUCAAUGGAAAUGUCAGAUGCCAGCCAGCUGUUCGAAGAUACAAGUGGAGCUGGCCAUGGGUCACAACCAGGUUACAAACAUCAGACAGGAGACCAGGGUGCAGGAUUGCCUGGAUUUUCUGACCCCAUGUCAAACCUGGCCAUGGCUUAUGGCAGCUCACUGGCAUCACAGGGAAAGGAGCUGAUGGACAAGAAUCUAGAUAGGUUCAUUCCCAUUUCCAAGCUCAAAUACUACUUUGCUGUGGACACGGUCUAUGUGGGAAAGAAACUUGGCCUUCUCAUUUUCCCCUACAUGCAUGAGAACUGGGAGGUGAGCUACCAGCAGGACAUCCCUGUGGCUCCACGCUUUGAUGUCAAUGCUCCUGAUCUGUACAUUCCAACUAUGGGCUUCAUCACAUACAUACUGGUGGCUGGGCUGGCUCUUGGCACACAGAACAAAUUCUCUCCAGAGCUGCUAGGAGUGCAGGCCAGCUCAGCAUUUGUGUGGUUAGUUAUGGAGGUGCUAGCCGUUCUUCUGUCCUUGUAUUUGGUUACUGUAAACACUGAUCUUACCACUAUAGACCUGCUGGCUUUUGCUGGCUACAAAUACGUUGGGAUGAUUGUUGGUGUAGUCUCAGGCCUGUUGUUUGGACGACCAGCGUACUACCUUUCUUUACUCUGGUGCUGUGCGGCAAUAUUUGUAUUCAUGAUCCGUACUCUGCGAUUGAAGCUUUUAUCGGAGGCUGCGGCGGAGGGCAAACUGGUGAGAGGAACAAGAAAUCAGCUGAGAAUGUACCUAACCAUGGCCAUAGCAGCACAACCCAUCUUCAUGUACUGGCUCACCUUCCACCUGGUCAGAUAAAACCACCUGGGAUUUAUAUCUGCACUUUUACAUGAAUAAAAGUGUUACUAUGAACUGGCGGCCCAACUGCGACAAAUCUCCUCAAAGGAACUACAACAGAUUCUGAGUUGUCUGGAACCCUCCUCACUACUCCCGGACCCAAGAACAUCUGAUCUCAAUGUUUCUGUGUAUGUAGAAAACUGCACGCACAAGAUUAGACAAAAUGGGACACAUGAUUUCUGUUAUGCCAUAGCACCGUGUCUCUAGUAUUGACUUGUCUUAUUGUUAUGUAGCAAGAGCUUUACAUGUUUUCUAUACUGUGUAAUUACUGUUUUUUAAGAUUAUUUAUGUAUUUUUGUUUGUAUAUCUGAUAAGGACGUCAACUGAGCCUGCUAAAGAAGCACAUGAACCUCAAAGGCCACAGUUCAAAGUUAUAGAUAAGAUAGGGCUAAUUCUGGUUGCAUUUUAACAUUGCUAUCAGUUUUUAUGUGCUUUUUGUCUGAAAUACAGUCUCACCAUUAAAAGACACAGAGGCACUUGAAUGGGAAAUUUAAUUGGGGAAAUUAUUGGAUUGAAAUAAAGAAAGGGAAGGUAGUUGAUCAAACUUGUUGAAACGAUUUAAGUAAGAUAUGCAAAAGCAUUCAUGUACUGUUGAAGCACAGGGGUUUAUUUUAAGUAGUGCAAUAUUUGCUCUAUGUUUAAAUACACAUGCAAAUGCAUACUGCGGACUGAAGACUGAAACAGGUUUUUCCAUUGUCUUAACAAGUUUACGCCCGGCUAAUGUUUUUCUAAACAUGUUUAAAUUAAAAUGCACUGAAGUGACUCUCAGAAAUGGGUUCUCAGAAAUAAUAAAAUAUUUGAGACUAAGAAACA